AUGGCAGACAUUUCGAAGGAUAGUACUGUCAGCAUACAUCCUACUGACUCAAGUCUCAGGGAGCGAAAAGCCGUCACCCAAACUUCAACGGAACUUGAUAUAAAACAACAUGAACCUGAUGAUUCUAAACAAAAUAAAUCAAGAUACCCUUAUGUGACAACAGCGAAGAUAUCUAGUUCUAUGAGAAGCUAUAUUGGUCCAUUAUUAUUGACGAUUUUAAGUUUCCAAUUAAGAUUCCAUGAUAUCGGCAAGAAUAACCAUGUAGUUUGGGAUGAAGCUCAUUUUGGUAAGUUCGGCUCCUAUUACAUAACACAUGAAUUUUAUCAUGAUGUCCAUCCACCAUUAGGUAAAAUGCUUAUUGCAUUAAGUGAAUACCUAGCAGGUUUUGACGGUCAUUUCAAUUUUGAUUCAAACGAGGCAUAUCCAGAGGAGGUUAACUAUAUAUUCAUGAGACAAUUCAAUGCUAUGUUUGGUGCCUUGUGUGUUCCCGUGACACUAUUUACAACAAGAUCAAUGGGGUUUAAUUGGCUCACAUCAUACCUUGUUACUCUUAUGGUUACUUUGGAACAUUCAUAUAUUGUAUUAUCCAAAUUUAUCCUUUUAGAUUCAAUAUUACUCUUUUUCACUUUGACAACAUUUGCCUGUAUGGUUAAACUUUAUACCUUGAAAAAAAGACAAUUAACUAAACAAUGGUCUCUUUGGAUGCUACUUACAGGAUUGUCUGUCGGCUGUGUCUGUUCUGUGAAGUGGGUUGGCUUAUUUAUUACAAUCAUUGUGGGUCUUUUCACGAUAAUGGAAUUAUUUACGCACCAUUAUGACAAAACCUUGCCAAGGGUCAAGUACUAUAAACAUUGGAUGAUUAGAAUAAUUGAUUUAAUUAUUAUUCCAUUCUUAAUAUAUAUGUUUUGUUUCAAGAUCCACUUCACUCUGUUAUACAAAUCUGGUACUGGUGAUUCUGCAACCAAUACUCUUUUCCAAGUCAAUUUAGAGGGGACUACCAUCGAGAAUGGACCAAGAGAUGUCAUGUAUGGAUCAGAGGUAACAAUAAGAUCUCAUGGACUGAGUCCCAACCUAUUACAUUCUCAUGUACAGUUAUACCCUGAUGGUUCUCGUCAACGUCAAAUUACCGGAUAUGGUCAUUCAGAUUCUAAUAAUGUUUGGGAAUUCCAAUUUGCAAGAGAAGACACUAGAAGCUUAACUGAUAAUUUGAAGACACCUAUUACUGAUGGGGCUGAAAUUAGACUAGUGCAUAAUAAUACACGUGCCAAUUUACAUUCUCAUGAAAUAUUAUCUCAUGUUUCUAAGGGCAAUUUUGAAGUUUCUGGCUAUAGCACUGAAUUUAAUGGAGAUGUUUACGACGAUUGGAUUUUAGAGAUUGUUGAUCAAAUGGAUUCCGGAAACCCUGAUUUUCAUAAAGAAGAUCAAAACAUUGUGCACCCAGUCUCUACUUUUUUCAGACUAAGACACAAGGUCCUGGGUUGUUACUUGGCAUCAACUGGACUGGCCUACCCAAGUUGGGGGUUCCAACAAGCGGAAAUAGUUUGCAAAAAAUCAUGGUCUCAUAGAGAUAAAGCCACAUGGUGGAACGUGGAAGAUCAUUGGAAUGACCAGCUACCCAUUGAAGAAGACUAUGUCCCACCAAAGUCAAAAUUCUGGACUGAUUUUAUUUUAAUAAAUUUUGCAAUGGCAUCUUCAAAUAGUGCCCUUGUUCCAGAUGCAGAUAAAUUUGAUCCAUUAGCUUCUAAGCCUUGGGAAUGGCCUACAUUACAUAGGGGUUUAAGGUUAUGUUCAUGGUCCCGUGAUGUUUACAAGUAUUAUUUACUCGGAUCACCCUUUAAUACCUGGUUAUCUACUCUUUCAUUAUUCCUCUUUGUCUUCAUAAUAUCUAAAAUUGCAUAUCAAUGGAGAAGACAGCAUCUGAAUUUACAAGAAGAUCAGCUUUGGCGAUUGGGAAUCCAAGGUAUUUUCCCAUUUUUGGCCUGGAUAACACAUUUUUUUCCAUUCGUUAUGAUGGGAAGAGUUACCUAUGUACAUCAUUACCUUCCUGCCCUAUAUUUUGCCAUUCUAACCUUUGGGUUCGUUUUAGAUUAUUCCAUCGGUAGAGCUAAUCCAUUUAUCAAGUAUCCAAUUUAUUUAGCCUUAUUUGUCGGCUGCACAUAUAUUUAUGUGUUAUUUGCACCAAUAUGCCAAGGACUACAUGGUGAUGUCGCAAAAUAUCUCCGAUUAGAAUGGUUACCUACUUGGAAUAUAGUGAUAUAG